AUCUAGAACACGCCCGCCUCAGCAGGGACGUCGAGGUGGACCAACAGGUCCAGGACGCCGAAAAAUCGGCCAAAAUAGGGGGUGAACAAAGGGUCGACCGUGCUGUAGAAUUGCUGGAAAAGGACUUGUUCUUUCCCUACUUUCUGCAGCGCAUGCACUUGGUAUGACAGUCGUGCACAACUCCCCCUCGUUGUUCUCAUUUCUCAUGCAAAAGCCCGAAUCCAAUUGCUCCCUUGUGUCACUAUUGUGCUUGACAGAUUCCGCAAGCCCAAAUAGUACUACACUAGGUGCAUGAAUUUGUCAUGCACAGGCUCCGCGUUUGCUGGUGUUUGUAUUGCUGUUCAUGCAAUACAAAUGAGGGGGAGGGGGAGUUGUGCCCUGUCAUCCUUGGUUACGGACGGCAGCGGGAAGUUCCAC